AUGAUUAGAUGUUUCCAAAAACCUACAUUGGUACGUUUCAACUCCUCUGGUACCUCCGCUCUCGUUUACAAACAGCUACAUAAACGUAAGCUAAAACCACCCGUUCCUAGGUUGGAUAUUCCAAAUUGGUCAGCUAAUACAGCGGUAGCUUCAAUAUUGUACGAGACCCCGCCAUUUUCUGUACAACCUAAAAAGCAGUGUAUACUAAACUGCUUGGUGCAGAAUGAACCAGGUGUAUUGUCACGCGUUUCUGGUACACUAGCUGCUAGAGGUUUCAACAUUGAUUCUUUGGUUGUGUGUAAUACAGAUGUGAAAGAUUUUAGCCGGAUGACAAUUGUGUUACAGGAACAAGGUGCAGUUAUCGAACAAUGCAGAAGGCAGAUCGAAGAUAUGGUACCUGUAUAUGCUGUUUUGGAUUAUACUAAUGCAGAACUGAUUCAGAGGGAAUUGUUGUUGGCAAGGGUUUCGUUACUGGGUGCUGAAUACUUUCAGGAAUUAGUUCAAAGCCAUGAGCAAUUUGGUAAAAAUCCGAAGGCGGCUCCCAAAGAUGAAGCUUGUGGGAAGGAGUUUCAUCCUUCCAAUCUCCCUGUUUCUGAAGCCUUGAGAUUGAAACAUGAACAUUUGAAUGGGAUCACUGGUUUGGCUAGUAACUUCGGGGGCCGUGUUGUUGACAUCUCCGAUUCCAACUGUGUAGUCGAAUUAUCUGCUAAGCCUUCUCGUAUAACUGCCUUCUUGAAACUAAUAAAACCUUAUGGCCUGUUGGAAGUCGCUAGAUCUGGUAUGGUAGCGCUACCAAGAACUCCUCUAGAGCCAGAUGCGGACUCGGAAGAUGCUGAAUCAAAGGCAGACGAUUCGGUUGAUAUCAGUAACCUACCGCCAGGUUAA